UUCAACAGCAGGAUAGUAUUACAAAAUAAAGUUUGAUUAUAUAAUUUUUCUUAGUUGGACAUAUAUUUUAUUUCUGCCAAGUCCAUGAAAUGAAAUCAUAAUUUAAAGUACAGCGGUGUUGUAUAUAAUAAUAUAAUCAAAGCGGAAGUCCGGUCCAUUGUUGUCUAAACAAAAGCCUAAGUCCAGCUCUUAGACCGUGCAGCCUUUACUGGUCCAGGACCAGGAGACCCAAAUUCGUCCAAGAUUGAUACCCACACCGCAGCUUGCCACAUCUUCUAUUUUCCAUUACCCCAAUAUAAAAGUAGUAAAAUAUCAUCGUAAAAGAAAUUCGCUAAAUAAAAGGCCAUUUCCUAUAUAUGCAAAAUUCGCUAUAUAAAGGCAACGGUUGUGAAGCAUUGUUGUUAUGUUUAGAACCUUAAACCAUUUUAGGUGCAUUGCUGCAUAAGAUUAGCACUCAGAAAGAAUUAUAGAUAUAAUAAAAGCGCGGGCAGACCAAAAAGGAAGGAAGAUGCCUUGCCUCUACAUCUCAACUAACCUCAACUUGGAUGAGGUUGACACUGGACCCAUCUUCUCCGAAGCCACUAAAGCCCUCGCCUCCAUCAUCGGAAAACCUGAAAAUUUCGUGAUGGUCAUUCUCAAGGGAUCGGUGGCAAUAUCGUUUAACGGGAACAAGGAACCAGCUGCGUACGCUGAGGUAGUCUCAAUGGGCGGCAUUAAUAGAGAAGUGAAGAGGAGGUUGAUUGCCACACUGGGAACCAUUUUAGAGAACAAGUUUAGUAUUCCCAGCACACGAUUUUUUCUCGAAGUGUAUGACACAACGGCAGGCCGCAAUACCUCCAAAAUAUAAUUCCCUUCAAUAUGUUACGAAUAAAUUACAAAAGUAGCGUUUCAAUUUCUGUAAGCGAUAUUUCAAUGUAAUUAUUUAAUAAACUACUCAAUUUGUCCAAUAAAAAACAAAUUAUGGUUUGAUGCAAAAUCAAGAGCCAUUACACUUUGACAGAGGAUUUGCA